UCUCUCAUUCAGUUCAGUACCCCCCAGUGCCAGGCGCCAGAAUCUCUCAGCACAAGCACUGGCCUCCAGAAUGUAGUUCGCUCCGACGUCUGUCCUCCUCGUUUGCAGACGACCCCAGCCUGAAGAUGUCGUGAAUAAGUGAGAAGUGAAAAUCAUCACCUUACUCGGCUAUAACUUCGCGAGAGCCCCAAAUGGGAGUACAAUCGAGGCGCAAAGCGCAUACGUGAAUUCCACAGUGGUGACCGCGGUACAGUUGGAACGAGCGGCGUUGCCCAGCAAUAUGUGGUGGGAUGGAUGAGGAAGAGCAGAACCGCUAUGUGGCCCAGCUGAAGGAGGAAUUCGACAGCUGUGACACCACUGGCACAGGAUACCUGGACAAGGAGGAGCUCACCGCGCUAUGCCACAAGCUUCACCUGGACGCACACCUGCCGCUGCUGCUGGAUACCUUGCUGGGGCCAGAGCACUAUGGUCGCGUGAACUUUGAGGAGUUUAAAGAGGGCUUUGUGGCCGUGCUGUCUCGUUCUCUGGACUUCAGCACCUCUGAGGAGGAGAGCAGUUACUUGGAGCCAGUGAUCCAAGAGGAGGUGAAGCCCAAGUUCGUGAAAGGAACCAAGCGCUAUGGACGCAAGAGCCGGCCCGACCGGCCCAACUCAGACCUCAUUGCUGAGUGCGGAGAGGACACAACGGAGGCUCCUUUCGGAACCGACCUGGAAGACAACACGGGAGUCAGGAGAGCCAAGCUGAGGCGCUCCACCUCACUGGAGAGUGUGGAGAGCCUGAAGUCUGAUGAGGAGACAGGGAGCAACAAGGAAGCGUUCCUCUCCUCCUUUGAGGCUCAAGGCCAGCAGAAGCGUUGGAAGGCGGGCAGCUCGGACACAGGAAGUGGGCAUGUGUCACCUGUGCCGCGGGAGGAAGUGACAGACGGCCAGGUGAGAGCCGUGUGGGCGGAGCUAGGAGUCGGAGCAGCCGGCUCACUCAACCGCCAGGAGCUCUCGCUAGUGUGUGAACACAUCGGCCUCAAGAACCUGCAGACUGAGGAGCUGGAUGCUCUCUUCCGGAAGCUGGAUAAGGACCAGGAUGGGCGCGUGAGUCUGCAGGAGUUCCAGCUGGGCCUCUUCAACAGGGGACAGCUGUCCAGCCCACAGUGCUCAUCCACACCUCUCAGGCCUAAACAAUCAUUACUGAAGGCGUUUGAGGAGCGUGCGGCCCGCUCCGCGUCCCCGUCACUGCUGUCGGCCACCGUGGGCCAGAAGCUCCUCAGUCGCCUUGACGACGGCUCCGGCAGCACCAGCCCCGAGCGGGUCAUCACGCUCUGGACCGAGGAAGGGAUCCGCAACAGCCGCCACAUCCUGCAGACUCUGGACUUCUCUCUGGAGGAGCGUCUCAGCCUGGUUGAGUUGACUCUGGCGCUGGACAACGAGCUGCUGGUCAGUGGCAAUGGCAUCCACCAGGCUGCACUCAUCUCCUACAAGAACGAGAUCCACUACCUACAGAUGUUGGCGGACCAGGCGUGUCGCGAGCGGGAUAAGGCCAAAGCUGACCUGGAGUGGGCUGACCGCCGGAACCUGCAGCUGGUGCGGGAGGUGGACGAUCGCCACGCAACCAUGGAGUCCCUCAACGAGAGCAAGAUCAAGGACUUGGAGCAGGACUUCCGUGAGAAGCUGACGGCGAUGCGCAGCCAGACGGAGCAGGAGGGGGAGGUGCUACUGCAGCAGCUGGAGGGGGAGAGGAGCAGGCUGCAGGAGGAGGUGCAGGCACUGCAGGCCAGAGAUGCCACCAGACUGGAGGAGGUGUCCCAGACGGCACAGGAGAACGUGCGCUUGGAGGAGGAAGUGAGCGGGCUGAAGGGGAGGCUGGCGGAGGCCGAGGGCACCGUCACUCGACUGCAGAGGGACCUGGAACACCUGCUGCAGGACAAGUUUGGGGGCCUGGACCAAGGCCAGAGUGGCCUAGCUCACCAGGAGGAGCGCUUCUCUGAGAUCAUCAAGGAGUAUGAGGUGCAAUGCAGGGAGUUGCGGGACCGGAAUGACGAGUUGAGUUCGGAGGUGGAGAUGCUGAGGACCCAGCAGGGCUCUGUUCGAAAGAGCCGGCGCUCCCGAGACAGCCCCUCCCUCUCCCCCUCACACUCCUGGGCCACGCGCCGAGAACUCACCACCGAGUACGACUCGGACGACCCGGAGAUGAAGAAAGCCGGCUCUCCACAAGCUAAAAAGAAACUCCAAGUGGACGAUAAAAAUGUGCUGGGCUCUCUGGAGAGGCUGACUCCAUCUGUGAGCAUCGAGACAGAGCUGGCUAUGGAACAGCUGAAGGAGAAAUAUGAACAAGAGGUGCAGGACCUCAAGAUACAGCUGGAGACCCAGGUGAACUUCUACGAGCGCAGCAUGGAGCUGAUGCGCAACAACAUGGAGGUGGAACGCAAGGAUAUCUCACAGAGCUUCAAGGUGGAGAUCAGUGAGCUGGAGGAGCAGAAGGUCUUGGCGGAGGAGCGGGCGACCAAGCUGAAGCAGGCCCUGGACAAGAUGGAGGCCCAGCUGCAGCAGCAGGGCUCCGGGGCCUGGGGCUCGGACCAGGAGCGCAGGCUGCAGCGUGAGCGGGCCGAGCUGGAGCAGAACUUCGCCCGCGAGAUGGGCAACAUCGUGCAGCGCCUCACCUCUGAGAAGGACCAGCUGGAGUUGGAGCUAAAGCUAAAGAUGGACCAGGAAGUGCUGCUGGUCAGGGAGGAAGCGGAGGUGCAGCUGGCGCAGUGCAAGCAGCAGUACGGCGAGGCCCAGCGCAGCCUCCUGCACAAGCUGCACUGCGAGCGGCAGCACUGGGACGCCCAGCUGCAGGAGGCCCAGCAGGAGGCGCGCAAGGAGCGUCUGCGGCACGAGGAGCGCCUCGGCGAAGAGCAGGCCUCCAUCUGCCACCAGGUAGCGCUGGAGAAGAAGAGGAUAGAGGAGGAGCACCGGGAGGAGGUGGUGGCCCUGGAGGAGAAGGUGAAGGAGUUAAAGACCAGGCUGGAGAUGGAGAGCCGGGCCAAGGCAGAGGCGCAGAUCUACCACCAGAUGACGCUGGAGAAGAGGAGGAUGGAGGAGAAACAUCGUGAGGAGGUGGUGGCCUUGGAGGAGAGGAGGCUGGAGGUGAGGAGGCUGGAGGAUCAGCACCAGCAGGAGGUCGUGGUCCUUCAAGAGGAGGUGCGAGACCUGCAGACGCGCCUGGAGCUGGAGUGCCGCGCCGAGGUGGAGGCCCGGGAGCUCCAGAAGCGUCUGGAGGCCAAGCUAGAAGAGAUGUGCGAGCAGCUGGAGGACAACACGGUACACCUCAAGUCCCAGGACGCUGCCAUCCAGCGGCUGACCUCCGAGCUCCUGCAAGCGGAAGACGAGCUUGACGGCGAGAGGCGCCGGGCGGAGGAGCAGCUCCGCAAGCUCGCUCAGCUGACGCAGGAGCUGGAGAGCGCCCAGGCUGAGGCGGAUGCGCUGCGGAGCCAGAAGGACCUGCUCCAGGGCAACUGCAACCACCUGUCAAGCGCCUUCGCCCUGCAGGACGCCCAGUGCAGAGAGCGGGACGAGGAGAUGAGCACUCUGAGGGCCAGCAUGGAAAAAGCGCAGGAUGCGUCAAGAAGCAAGGAGUCGGCGCUAGCAAAGCAGGCAGCUGAGCUCGAGGCCUUGACAGCGGAGAGAGACGAGGUCCGAGAGGAGCUGAAGAGGCAAACCACAGCUCUGUGGCACCUGAAGGCCAGCUCCGAGAGCCUGAACAAAGACCUGAAGCAGAUGAGCAAGUGCAAGCAGAGUCUGCAGGAGGCCCUGCGAUCAGAGCAGAGCAUGGCGAGCGAGCUGCGGUCGGCACUGGAGCAGGAGAAGGAGGACGUGGUUUGCCUCGAGCAAGAGAACGCCGUCUACCGCCGCAUGACCAACCAGCUGUCUGCACAGAUCGUGGAGAUGGAGGCCGAGACUGACGAGAUGAGGGAGGAGCUUAAGCGGCUGACUCAAGAGGUGGGGAAGAGGGACAGAGGGGUGUGGGAGCAACGAGCGCAACUGGAGGCUGGAGGAGACGUGGGGAGGGCCAGGGGGGUGUGGGAGCGGAGGGCACAACUAGAGGCUCGAGAUGCAGAGCUGUUGGGAGGGGGCGUAGUCCAGCAGAAGAAGCACCUCUUUGAGAAGGGCAAGAGUCUCAGGGCAGCAGAGUUGGAGGAACUGAGAGGUGUGUUACAGGACAAAGAGAAAGAGCUUAGCACUGUUAGACAGGAGGCAGAAGAGGUAGUCAACCAACUCAAGGCCUCUUUAGAGAAAUCGCAAGAGGAGCUGAGAAGCAUGCUAGAGGACAAGGAUAAAGAGCUUAGCAUUGCUAGACAGAAGGCAGAAGAAAACGCUCAUCAGUUAAGGGCCUCUUUGCAGAAAUCACAGCAGGAGCUCAGAAUUCUGCAGGAGGAGAAGGAGAACGAGCUUAGUGUAGUUGGAGAGGAGGUAGAGAGACUCACCAACCAGCUCCAGAAAUCCCAGGAGGAUCUGGAAGCAAUGGACAGAGACAAAGAGACACAGCUUAGCUCUCUUAGACAGGAGUUGGAAGAAGCCUACAGCCAGCUUCAAGCAUCCCAGGGAGGAGACAAGGAUGCUGAGCUCAGUGCUUUUAGACAGGAGGUGGAGGCCACCACCAGCAAGCUGAAGCGGUCGCAAAGGGAGGUCAGGGUUCUGCUCGAGCUGACGGAGAAAGAGCUCUGCGCCGUCCGAGAGGAGGCCAGGGGAGUCACCAGCCAACUCCAAGCCGCCCUGGAGAAAUCGCAGGAGGACCUCCGAGGCCUUCGCGCGGAGAAAGACAAAGAGCUCCGCAUGGCCAGAGAGGAGGUGGAAAGGGUCACCAACCAGCUCCAGCGAUUGCAGGAGGUGCUAGCAACCCUGCACAGAGACAAGGAGACAGAGAUCGACGCUUUCAGCCAAGAGUUAGGGGAAGUCGCCCUUGAGCUCCAGAGAUCCCAAGAGGAUCUGAGAGUUCUGCAGGAAGACAAAGAGGAAGAACUCGUCGUGGUGAGGCAGGAGUUGGAAACGGUCACCAACCAGCUUCUGGUGACCCAGGAGGAGCUGAUGCGGGUGAAUGCGGCGUUUGAGCGGGAAAAGAGCAGGAUGAGGGAGCAACUGAUGGAGAUGGAGGGUCUGGUGCUUGCUCUGGAGAUGGUCAUGGAUCCGGCAAGUCCUCACAGGGCCAAACUGGAUGAAGUCCACUCUGAGAACGGUGCACUGAGAGACCGUCUGACUAUGCUGCAGCAAGAUGUGACAUCACUUGAAGACGAUGUCGACAGGAAAAGGAGAAGGUUAGAUGAGCUGGAGAGAGAACAUGAGAAGAAAAGAGAGGAGGAGGAACAACUGCACAAAGAGAACGCAAAGUACCGUGAGGAGGUCCUGGACCUCAGCUCUCGGAACCUGGCGCUGAGCAGCGAGAACGCGGAGCUGAGCUCUCGGCUGCGUUCGGACCAGGGCGCGGUGCAGAUGCUGACGGAGCGUCUGGCCCAGGUGUGCCGGGAGCAGGAGGCGGAGAAGGCCAGCGCCAGGCAGCAGCAGGAGGAGGCCGGCCAGCAGCAGAGGGAGAGGGCCCAGCUCCAGGCCAGCUGGACCAUGGAGAAGGAGCUGCUGGAGAGGGAGCUGAGCACAGCCAAAGAGAAGAUUCAGCAGCUGUCGGAGGUGGAGUCGGAGCUGAGCAGCCUCACGCUGAAGCAGCAGUGGCUCCAGCAGGACAAGGAGAGGCUGCUGAAGGAGGCAGAGGACAACAACCACAAGGUUGAGAAGCUGCAGGAGUCCCUGCGUGCGGUUGACGUGCAGGCGGAGCAGCUGCGGUCCCAGCUGCAGGCGGCGUCCCAGGAGAGGCACGCUCACGGCCAGGAGGUCACCUCACUGCAGAGGACGCUGCAGGAGUCCCAGGACAAGGUGAGUGAGCUGGAGGUGAGCAUGGCUGCUCUGUGCCGUGAGAAGGAGGAUCUGCAGAGGGCCCGGAGGCAGCACGAGGACCAAGCCACCAGAGCCCUGGAGGAGGAGUGCCAACGCCUGCUCACACACAACCAGAGCCUGCUGCACAAGGUGUCCCAGCUUCAGGCCCAGGAGAGGGAGAUGCAGAAGCUGACUCAGGAGUGCCUGACCCUCAAGCACAAGCAGACCCAGCUGGAGACCGCCACCAUGGAGGCCAAUGACAAAGCACUGCGGGCAGACACGGCCCUGUCGCUGGCCCAGGCGCAGCACACGCGGGCGGUGCAUGAGAUGCGCGAGCAGGCGGGCUCCCGGGAGCAGAUGGCCCCCAUCCAGGCCCAGCUGGCGGAGCAGCAGCGGCGCGGCCAGCAGCUGGAGGAGAUGCUCCGCUCGCAGGCACAGAAGGCCAGCGCCCAGCUCGCCCUGCAGCAGGAGCAGUAUGAGAAGGUCAUGGGACACAUGCAGGAGAGGAUGGAGGAGGUGGAGGCCAAGCUGAAGAGCGUUCGGCUGAUGUUACAAGAGAAGGUCAAUCAGCUGAAAGAACAGCUGACAAAGAAUGCCAAGUCGGACCUGCUGCUGAAGGACUUGUACGUGGAGAACUCCCAGCUUAUGAAGGCCCUGCAGAUCACGGAACAGCGGCAGAAGAGCGCCGAGAAGAAGAGCUUCCUGCUGGAGGAGAAGGUGGCGGCCCUCAACAAACUCCUGCGCAAAAUGGCCCCCGUGUCCCUGUCUGCCUAGAGCACUCCUUUUGUUUUUGUUGUGCCGUCUCCUUUACAAGCGUAGACACAAAAGAGCCAUAUGCUACUGGGAUAUACCUCGACACCCGUUUUCCUUCGAUACAUCCAAGUAGGAUGCCAAUCGCUUAGUUGCUUGACUGCUGUGCUGUCCUUAAGUCACCCCCCAAAGCAGUGAAAGUAUCCCAAAUGUAUAUUGUUGGAGCAGAGACCAAGCAGGUAACUUGGUAGAUAAUAUUUUAAUCUAUGGUACUGGAGCAUGUCAUUUGUUCGCUCCAUUUUAAUUGAUCACCUAGUCAGAAGGCCUAAAAUCUGCAACAGGUGUUAUUUCGAUCUUAGGUGAAGUUAUUGAACUCACAACAAUUUAGUCUGGAGGGCUGCAGCAAGACAAAUGACCAGCGGGGACCAUGCAACAAGACAUACAGUAGAAGCGCCUCCUUCAAGCCCAUGUGUUGUCCCUAAUAUAUGACUGUCCCUCUUUUAAUAUGACCCUCUGUAAUAGCAGCCUUUCCACUGUCUAAUGAGCUUCCUUUUCCAAUUCCUAAUGGUGCAUUCCAGACCAAAUCCAAACUACAGUAGUGGGAGGCAGGACAUUUUCUACCUGUUUUAUUUCAGCUAGCAAUUAUGUCUGGCGUGUGUUACAUUUAUGUUGGCACAAUAUCACGCAAUAACAUGAAAAUGAUGAGUUAAAAUGACUGUGUCUGGAACAACCACACACAGACAGAAAAAGGUUUAUUUAUAAGCUAAGAAGUAAAAGCUUUUUUUUAAAAUGGUUUAAAAAGUGCCUCCAUGGAUGGCGCCAUUAUCCUCCGACAUCAUUAUUUUGCAGUGGGAGUGGUGCAAGUUACCCCCAGUUUGUUAGUAGGAGGUCCCACUUCAACUGGUGUUCCAGUGCAUUUUUCGUAGUAGGAGAACUCCCAUCUCACUAGUUUGGACUGGGUCUGGAAUGCACCAUUGAUACCUGUCCCGGUGUGACUGACGGACAUACUGUUACAGAAGAUGAGCGAACGCCACUCUUAUGCACUGCCUGGGCUUUUCUUAACUCCCAGUUUUAACACCACACAGAAAUCAGGGUACUUUUGUUUUUCUUACCACACUUACUUUUCAACAGCAUGGACAGAAUGAACACAUUGACACAACCACACCUAGAUAUUAUAAUGAAAGAUAUUUAUGAAAAGUGUUCUUAAUAAACUUUGUCAUAGCAACCAAAAAUACAGUAUUUCAUAAUGUAUAGUUUUGAUAUACAGGUGCUACAUGUUGACACUUGCACAAGCUAAAGUCUUAAUGCACUACUGUUCAACUUUUCUAAGACAAUUCAAUUGAAAUCACACCAAGAUUAUUAUGGCAAAGAACAUUUAAAAUCAUGGUUUAAUAACAAUUCAAAGUUUUUGACUGCACAGCGACAUUAUUGUACAAAGAGAAAGUGUGAUGACGUAGGAUGUAAAUGUAUUUUUUUGCCCUACAGCACUGUAUAAAUUAAAUGUACAAAUGUUUACCGAGUAAAACCUCUUCCCUUGA